UAUCCCUUGUGCACCUUAAGUGAAUUAAUUAAUUCUUUUAAUGAGUAAAAGAUGUUUCAAGUUACAUAUCAAGUCGAGUCAUGCAUGGUGUGUAGCUGACCUUAGGCUUACACUGACGUAAAUAAUUAAAGUUUUUCCAACAUCUGCCAAACAUCUACCGCGAAACACAGUUAUAAAUUUUUAUACUAAAUGUAUAAAACUCUUGUUUGUGUAUUUAACUGUCAGACUUGUUAGUAACAUAUUUCGCAAGUAUAAAGGCUAGUGACCACGGAUAGACGUCUGGAUUUAAUUUAAAAUAAACUUUGACGAACAAGUGCCUUAUAAAGAAUAAAAAGGAUUUUAUUCCGUUGACCUGUAUUUUUGUGCUUUAUACAAUAACAAAAAAAAAUGUUUCGGUCCAAAUCUCCACGUAAACGGAAAAUGGAUCUAACCAUGUUCAACCAAAUUGCACAAAUCAAUGACCAUUUGUUCCUGAGCAGCGCGGGCGCAAUAAAGUCAGAUCGUGUGCGUACGCUCGGAAUUACAAAUGUACUGAACUGUACUAUGGAGAUACCCAAUCUAAAGAUGCCUAGUGUUGAAUGUAUUCAAAUUCAUGUAGAGGACACGCCAAGUGCUAGAUUAGGGAUGUAUUUUGAUAGAUGUGCGGACAAAAUUCAUCAAGUGCACAAAAGUGGCGGGAAACUGCUCGUGCAUUGUGUAGCAGGAGUUAGUCGCUCAGCAAGUCUAUGUAUGGCAUAUCUAAUGAAAUAUCAAAGAAUGUCACUAAAUCAGUCCUACUAUCACAUCAAGAAACGCAGGCCAGUGAUUCACCCAAAUGUUGGCUUUUGGCGCCAACUUAUCGAAUAUGAACGCCGUCUGUUUGGUCGAAACACGGUGAAAAUGAUUUCAUCGGGAGUAGGACCGAUACCGGACGUUUACGAGGAUGAAGUGAAAAACAUGAAAAGAUGACCAUGUAUGCAGAAAUAGAAGAGUACGGAUUCUAAUACACAGAAACGACAGGAACGGAUAUAUGAAUUAAUGGAGGAGAAGAUCUUGAGAAUCCACUCUGACAGACAGCGUGUAUCAUUAGUUAUUCGGAUCAUUUUUCUCAUUUCGAAGAGAAAACGGAUUACUAUUAGACUAAUUUUAUACAGAUAUAAAUACUGGAUAUCGUAAAAUUUUACAAGGCGUCGUAAAAUGUUAGUUUCCCAAGAAUUUUUGUUUUUUCUUUCAACUGGACUGAGCUAGAGAUUUUACCUCAAAGAAGGGGAGUAUUUGUGUUUUUCUACAUUAUUAAGAUGUACACUUCUGCUAAUUUCAUUUUGUCCUCUCUGUUACUUUGCAUUGUUAUAUACAGAACAAAAAUCUCACAUUAGCUAAUUCCAAUAUCAAGCUAUUUAGUAUGACUACCAAAUUAAUUAACAUUAGGUGAUUAGAUGAACAUUACAAUGAAAAAGUGACCUAGAUAUCUGCUAAGUUAAUCCUGAUAUGAAGAAUAAGAUAAUUAUUGACCUAAGGCUGGUGUGUUAUUCCUGAUUAAACAUAUAUCAUACAACCUGGAUAAUGAUCUAUAAAAACAGAUAGGUAUUUAUCUUUUUCCAAUGGGAAUUCAAAUAUGCAGGAGGUUUAUGUUAUCAAUUUUCUCUAUCCGUUUCAUUCAGCCUCAUAUUACAUAUUAUAAUAAUACUAUUUUCAAAACUAGUUCCUAUCUUUAAAAAAAGGAAAAAAGGCUAUACAGCUUUAUAACUACUGCACAUACAAUAAUCAAAUCUCGAUAAAAUACAUAAGUUAAAGUGCUAAGAUCAAAAACAUUUGUAAAAAGUUUUCUGGGAGUUUAACAAAUAUUCAACAAGAAAAUACAUUUUGCAAAUUUAAAGGUACUUCUAUUUUUCUCCGAUGUUCCACAUACAGCAACACAUACACCUUUUAAUUCACAUACUUACAAAUCAAUCUAACAAUAAUUUACAUGGCCAUAUGCUUUUAUAUUAAAGAUCUCCUGGCCUUUUCAAGAUGCUUGCAGGUAAUGAAAUACAAGAAUUCGGGUCUUGAACACAGAUCUUUCAGUUCCUGACACUCUGUAAGGGUUUUUUUUUAUUAGAUUUUCAGGACUUGGCCAUACAUUAGCAUUUUUAAGAAAAUACAUAAUUAUAUUUUAAAUCAUUUUUAUAGUUUGCUUUGAACUCAAGAUAUAUAUUCAUACUCUUAAAACUUAGGCCUAAAUCAGCUAGGCCUCCGCCUGUUUAUUUCAGCAUUCUUCAAACGAUGCGACCAUAAUGGUAAUACGCAAACAUUUUUAUAAGACAUUUCAAUGAUCAACAAGACUUUAAUAAUCAAUAACCGCCAAUAGCUAUUUUUAUAAUGUCAUCCUAGAAGUUCGUACCAGAUGUGAACAAUGCAAGCAAAACAAUUAUUACAAUUGUCAGUGAACAUAUAAUUAAUUUACGAAUGAUUAUUAAAACUAAAUGACCAACAUAUAACAUUGCUACAUAUCACGAUAAUUAAAUUUGUUUGAUAUUUUUUCCAUAAAGAUAUUUUUGUGCUAUUUUUGUUGCUGUUGAUGAAAACUUUAAUGAUAUUGUCCAGAAAACUAUCUUUUUUAUUGCAACAUUGACUUUCAUUUUGGUAUGUUUCUUAAACCACAUUUGCAAGAUAUAGACAUUGAAGUUAUAUUUUAGUAAGAAAUUUAGAUGUGUUUUAUAAAAUUAGUAAUUUUGAGAAAAACUUUCUACUAAAAUAUUUUAAAGCUAGUAAACCCUUAUAACCAGGAUUUUCUUAUAAAUUCUGUUGUUUCUUAUGUUACUAUGAUAUGUGACUUAUUGUAUCCCUGUUGUUUGUAACGUAACAUAAGAAUAACAUGUUAAGUAGCUGACUAUAUUAUGUACUCAGGCGAGUUUAGAACAAAUUUAAAAAGCUAGCUUUAAAAUAGCAGCGAGCCUUUAAAUUUCUUUUGAUGAUGAACCUAAAUACCUAAUAUUGCUAGAUACUGAUUAAUGUAAUUCUUCUUUUAUGUAUUUAAUUACACUUUUACGCAUUAAAACUCAUAUUUCAACGAAGCUCGGAAAAUUUACAAAUUCACGUCCGUACACAAAUGACUUCACGGCGUUUCAAAAGGCACACUGCGUAGUAUAGUUCCGGUUAAGAUCAAUUAUCGAUAGGAUACGUUAUUUGUUUUAUUGAAAUAUUAGGAACAAACUAAACUAGCAAAGUAUUUGACUUAUAACCAAUUUUAUGUAAAAAAGACACACGACUGGGUUGGCCUGAUACAACUCGGAACUUCUUAUGCCAGAAGAUCGAUGCUGUAUUAGGUCAAUAGCCGUAAAAUUUGCAUACUAUAGACAUAUAUAUGCACUUGAUAUCUUGUUAAACAAGUUGUUUAUUUUAUUACAUUUUAAUAUUAUAUGAAAAAAGUGUUUUAAAGAAA